AUGACUGAAUAAAAAGUAAUUUCUAUCUUUGAUUUUGGAAAAACCAGGAAUAAAUUUUGGUAAACUUGUGAUAAAUCUGUGUUGGAUGUAACUAAUAUCAUUUAAUAUCAAGUCCCAAACAUUUUUAAUUGAAUAAGAAUUUUUGACUGCAGGCAAAGCUAUUGUCAAACCCAUCUUUAUUGUACUUGGAUUAGAAUACAUAUAUAAAGUAACUGUUGAUAAAUUAAAAUGUGCACCUCUCAUUACUACACAUUUGACUUACAUUGAACCAGGAUCUGAUCAUUUAGUUUAAUUAAAUUCUGAUGAACAACAGUAUGGAUUCAGAUUGCAAUAUUAAACUAAAACUUUGGAGAUUUUUCUAUCUGAUAAGUCUCGUUAUGAUUAAUGGAGAAUCCAUCUUAGAAAAGCUUGUUUAUUGGAGAAUUUCCAUGAAGCUUAUAUGGUUUCUAAAUUAAUUGGAAAGGGGAGUUUUGCAAAAGUUUAUCUUGCCACCAGAAAAGAGAAUAAUAUUUAAUAUGCUGUAAAAGCUUUUAGCAAAACUUUUAUGUUACAAUAACACAAAGGAAUUGAAAGUCUUUUAAAUGAAAUGAAAGUGAUGAGAAAAUUUAAUCAUCCAAAUAUUCUUAAAUUACAUGAAGUACAUGAAACAGCUAAUUCUGUUUAUUUUGUAGUUGAUAUUGUAGCAGGAGGAGAAUUACUUUAAAGAGUGAGAGAAACAGGUAUUAUUAAAUAUUAAUAUUUUGUAGGAUUUUUACCUGCUGAAACAUUAUAGAGAUUAGCUUAUAACUUAUUAUCAGCAUUAAAUCAUAUGCAUCAAUUCAAUAUUGCUCAUAGAGAUCUUAAACCGGAAAAUCUUUUACUUAAAUCUUAUGAAAACAAUCAUGAAAUUAUCUUAGCUGAUUUUGGAUUGGCAGCUUAAUUACAGGAUGAAAAUAUUUUAUUUAAAAGAUGUGGCACUCCUGGAUUCGUUGCUCCAGAAAUUUUAGAAUACAAUGAUGGGCAAUAAUUUUAUGAUGAAAAAUGUGAUGUUUAUAGUGCUAGAAUAAUUUUUUUUCUAUUAAUUGUAAGUAAUUUUCUAAAUUACAAUUUUACACUUGAAGUUAACCAUUUACAGGUAAGGAUUAAAAGGCUAUUUGAAAGGCAAUAAGGAUUGCAUAAUUGAUUUUGAUGAUUCCUUAUUUAAAUCUGCUCCGAUACAAAUGCAGGAUUUGAUACGAUCUAUGUUGUUAAAGAAAUCAUAAGAUAGAUUGAGUUCAAGUGAGGUACGAAUUAAAAUCAUUAAGUUAGUGCUUAAGACAUCCAUAUUUUAAGGAAUUAGCUAAAGAGCAUUAAGUAAAAUAGGAGAAAUUUAAAAAUAAUUUAAAUGACUAUAAUUAGUAAUACAAGAAAAAUAUGAAAUGGGGUCAAUUGAUUUGA